AUGGCGUACGCUGAUUAUGUUUUAGUUGUCUGGUUAGUGGUUCCAGUCUUUAAUUAUUCAAUAUGGGGAAUUCUCCACGUUUUCAUUUUUAAUGUCCUUCUUUUAACAACAUUGAUAGCACAUUCACGAGCAAUGUUCUCCGAUCCUGGAAUUGUGCCAAUUUCACGAACAGGGAUGGCAAACAAUCCGAGGCGAAAUUCCUCAUCGGAAGAUUCGGAUUCUGAAGAAGAGGCAAUGAUAAGGCGGCUUGAAAGAGGCUCCGCAUCAGAAUGGACGAUGUGCACUCGCUGCCAGUCAUUUCGUCCACCGCGAGCCCAUCAUUGUCGGAUAUGCAAGCGUUGUGUUCGCAAAAUGGACCAUCACUGCCCAUGGGUGAAUAAUUGCGUCGGCGAGCUCAACCAAAAGUAUUUUCUGCAAUUCGUCAUCUACGUCGGCGUCAGUUGCUUCUACGCCCUAUUUGUGCUCACGCUCAGUUGGGUUCUCGAUGAUGCUCGCGGAGCAACUCGCGGCAUUUAUUCAGAGAAUGUCAAUCAUCAAAAAGUACUUCACUCAAUAUUUCUUGCCAUGGAAAGCAUGCUGUUCGGAAUGUUCGUCAUCGCCGUCUCGUGCGAUCAGCUCAGCGCGAUUUUCACCGACGAGACCGCCAUCGAAACCGUUCAGCGUCGCGGACGCGGCCAAUAUCCGAAUAGUACGCGCCGGCCGCGUUCCUCAAAAGUCGCCAUGCUUCGGCAGGUCUGCGGGCCGGGCCCCCGAUUACUGUGGCUUCUUCCAUGCUUCUCAACACGACGGGCCGCUUCAUCGCGAUACAUGCGCUCCUUACACCAAUUGGCACAAUACGAUGUAUAA